GUGGGAAUUCCUUGUAGAUCGGGGGAAACGGUGACUCGGACUCCAGUCACAAAGCUCUCCACAUCACGUGACCAACCUCACCUUCGCUCCACAAACGUCCUCAAUUUUAGCCGUGGCAAAUAAAGUGGAAGGACGUGACCGGCUCGUCCCCUCUAAAGGCCCUCAGCCUGGAUUCGGCCCUUCAGCGAACCCGAGUAUUCCAGGGUGCAACAUUCAAGGUCAAGGUCGGGCAGCGGCUGUCUAGGGUGCAUCGGGACUCCGGACUCCUCGGUUUCCUAACCGAGAAGGGGGAGCCCUGCAAAUUGGGGGGUCUUACUCUCGGGGAAGGGGUUCUUUCCCGUUACUGAUCACCCAUUCCGUGUGGGGUGGGAGGACCCUCCCCGGGUUCUGUGCGGGCUGAGCGCUGUGGCCGCAAUGGGUCCCCAAGUAGCCCUCCUGGUGGCGGCGCUAGCCGGCUGCCUGCUUCCUGCCGGGGGCUGUGUCAUAUGUGAUCAGAGGGUCGUGGCCGCGCUGGACGCCUUGGAAAAGGAAUACCUGCCUACCCACAUGGCGCGCGAGCGUCAGAGACAAGUGAUGGAAACGAUAAGACAAACCGUGAGAAAUUUCUGGGACCUGCCAUAUUUAGAGGAUGCCUUUAUGGGGGUUAUAGAUGAGGCCACAAUGGAAACGUCAGUGUUGGGUUUUCUGAGGAGUAUGACACUUAUCACAAACAGUGACAUAGCAGAUGACACUUUCGUGAAGGAGUUCUCCUGGAUGUUGACUCUGGAAAAGGCAGCCUUUCAGCGCAAUGUUGCUCGGUUCCAAAGAGAGGAUUUCUGUCCCAACAAAUGUGGUAUGAUGUUGCAGCCUCUGAUCUGGUGCAGUAAUUGUAAAAAGCAGCUUCACGUUUGUCGAAAGUCCACAGAUUGCGGUGUGCGCCAAAUCAACGUCCACGAAAAGGAAGACUUGGUCCUGGACUGUGAGCUCAACUGGCAUAAAUUAUCUCAAGGCCUGACCUAUUACAGCUUUUACAGGGUUUGGGGGAGCAAUUCUGAGACCUUGGUGUACAAGGGGAAACAGCCCACCCUGACCAAGCCCCUGGUGGGGCCAGAGGAUGCAGGUGACUACCGCUGUGAGUUGGGCACUGUGAGAUCCCUCCCAGCCACGGUCAUCCAUUUUAAAGUCACAGUGUUGCCUCAAAGAAUCAUUGAGGAGACACCGACAUCAAACUUUGAAACCGAGGAGCAGCUGUCCCCAACCCUCCAGCCUUCAGAGUACCCUAAGCCCGAGAAGGUGCUGAGAAGCGUUCUGGUAGGGCUGCUGAUCUGGGGCUUUGUGGUGCUGAUCAUCAGCUUUGUCACCGCCGUACUUUGCUUUCUGCCUGGGAACGUGAUGGAUUCCAUAAAGUCCUGGUUCCUCACUAACAAAGUAGCCGCCCUGCAGAGCCAGGUUCCGAAGGCACCGAAAGAAAACGACACAGCACCAAGUCACAAAUAAAGAUUCAUCUGGUUGCCUAAA